AUGGGUAACGUCAGAGAAAAAUUUCACGCCGGUUACCUCACUCUUAUUGUUUUUCUUCGACCAAGUCCACCGCAACGUCCCAUCAUUGGAAUCCUGUUUGACCCAGGCGAUCUCAAACUUGAUCAAGGCUACAAAGCGUUUGCUUUCGACGUUGCACAGGAUGUUGAUUCCACACUCUACAUCAUCUUAGCUACACAAACUCCAGGGUCUGGAUCCGAUCUACUUGUUCUUAAACCCUUUAAGCCGGUGGAGUACGAUAUGGCGAAGAAUACAACAGAUAUGAGCCAUCUCAAGAUGAAGAAGAACGGGAAACCGACAAUGCCAAUUGUCAAGUCCAUACACAUGGUAUGUGUUACAAGAACUUCGGAACACUGUUCUAGAGAGUUUAGGAUAGUGAGGAAUAAGAGUGACGGGUUGUGA